UCGCUCCUCAAUUCCUGUUUUGUAGGGCUCCUUUCUUUCUUUCCCUCGUUCUCUUUUCUCCUUGUUCCCGCUCGCCGCCCGGCCGGUGUGAUUCUCCGGGAAUCUUUUGCCGUCGAGGUUCCCGAGAGCCAUUGUUCCCAUUUCUAGAUUCACCCCAAUUCAAUACCUCUCUCAUUCUCUCUAUUUUUGCUUGGCUUCCCCCACUUUGCAGCUCAAAAUCUUCAUCGAUAUCUUUUGAAUUAACUUCUCCCGGGAUUGAGCUGUAUUGUCUGUUGUUUUGUUCUUCCUUUUUUUUUUGUUGCCCCCGAUACAGAAGCCUAGGAUUAUAGUUCCAGGAACAGAUGGCUAGUCAAAGCAGUUCUUCUCGAAGGAGUCUGUCGUCGGUGCAGGGGAGGAAAAAAUCCUCUCAGAAUGGAGCGUCUGAGUCUAAUUCUCGAAAAUCUCUAUCCUCUGCGCGCCCCCCAUUAACAGGAGAGCGUACAGUGAAAUCAUUACGACUAUCAAAGGCUUUGACAGUACCUGACACAACCACUGUGUCUGAAGCUUGCCGUCGGAUGGCUGCCCGCCGAGUUGAUGCUCUGUUAUUAACCGACUCUAAUGCUUUGCUUUGUGGAAUACUUACAGACAAGGAUAUAGCAACAAGAGUUAUUGCCCAUGAGCUUAAUCUUGAAGAGACACCCGUUUCAAAGGUUAUGACGAGAAAUCCAGUAUUCGUCCUCUCUGAUACUCUUGCUGUGGAAGCCCUCCAGAAGAUGGUACAAGGGAAAUUCAGACAUUUACCAGUGGUGGAUAAUGGAGAAGUUGUUGCCUUGCUUGACAUAGCAAAGUGUUUGCAUGAUGCUAUUGCCCGCAUGGAAAGGGCAGCUGAGAAAGGAAAUGCCAUUGCUGCUGCUGUUGAAGGUGUUGAAAAACAUUGGGGGACAUCUGCUUCUGGCCCUAACACAUUCAUUGAGACUCUUCGGGAGCGGAUGUUCAAGCCCUCUUUGUCUACAAUCAUUUCUGAGAAUUCAAAAAUUGUGACGGUUUCACCAACAGAAUCAGUUUUGACAACAACUAAAAAGAUGCUUGAACUUCGUGCAAGCUGUGCAAUUGUGACAGUUGAUGGAAAAUCUCGUGGCAUUCUAACUUCAAAGGAUAUCUUGAUGCGGGUAAUUUCACAAAAUCUUCAUCCAGAAUCAACUCUUGUUGAGAAGGUCAUGACUCCCAAUCCAGAAUGUGCAACGAUUGAUACUCCAAUUGUUGAUGCACUUCACACUAUGCAUGAUGGAAAAUUUUUACAUCUUCCUGUGGUUGAUAGAGAUGGCAAUGUAGUUUCUGUAGUUGAUGUGAUUCAUGUUACUCAUGCUGCUGUGGCAACAGCUAGUCAGGUUGGAAAUACUGGCAGCUUUAACACUGAGGCUGCAAGCACCCUGAUGCAAAAAUUUUGGGAUUCAGCCAUGGCAUUAACUCCAAAUGAUGACGACGACGAUACCAGAAGUGAUGGUUCCUUGAAAUUGGCUUCCGAUGGAGGAGAUACUGCAAAGUCUCUUCCUUAUCUUUCGUCAACCAUGACAAAUACUUUUUCCUUCAAAAUACAAGAUAAGAAGGGGCGAAUGCAUCGAUUCACAUGUGAUACUCGGAAUUUGACAGAGGUUAUAACUGCUAUCAUUCAGAGAGUUGGUAAUGAAAUUGAUCCGAACAACCUACCCCAAAUUCUGUAUGAAGAUGAAGAUCAUGACAAAGUUAUAUUGGCUUCAGAUAGCGAUCUUGCUGCAGCUGUUGACCAUGCAAGGUCUACUGGCAUGAAGGGAUUGAGAUUGCAUUUGGACUACUCAGGAACAACUGCUGGUCGUAGGCGGGGUUCUGGUUCGGGAAGCUUGGAUUACGCUAGAAGUUCAGAUGCAUGGGCUUCAGCAUACAGCGCUGUUGCAGCCGGAGCUGCAAUCGUUGCCGGCUUAGGCUUAUUAACAUACUUGAAGCGUGCUUCAUGAGAAUGAGGAGCGUAACAGAAUCUGGAUUUGUAUUCUAGCAGUGGUCAAAACGAAGUUAGAUUGGGAUCUACGGAGUGACGCACUCCUUGCGCUUGCCAAUCUGUAUGUGCUGGAUUUUUGAGAGAGUGCAUGUGUUUAUAUGUGAAAAAUCCAAAUAUAUUUGUCAUUAUUUUGCUUCCGCUGCUGGUUAUUGCGCCGUCUGGGAUGCAUCAUCGUUGGAUGCUUUGUUUGUAUAUUUAUGAAAAUAAAGCUUGUGCAGCUUCAAGAUUGCUCGGGAUUGUGUCCUAGAAACAAGGAUACAAUCCAUUAAGCGUACGGCUAUUUUUCUGCCA